AAAGUAGAAAAAUCAAAACUGUUUGUUGUUGAAAAUAUUGUUUUUAACGUUAAAUAUAUCACGGCAAUUAAAUUCCAUAAAUUGCCAAGUACUAAGAUUAUAUUCAUUUAUACAGGAUCGCCGGCAGACAAUGCGGAUACUUUGGAAGUGGGCGAUGAAAUUUUAGAAGUGAACGGUCGCACCUUGGAAAAUGCAACUCAUAAUGAAGUUAUCCAAUACAUACAUCAGUGCAUCAAGUCUCGAACAAUAUGUCUGCGUGUCCGGAGAAGAAGUGGCAACAAAAUGGAAGAGCUGGACGGGCCGAACGCUGGGUAA